GUAAUAACAAAACGACGUCGUCGUCGUGGCGCUGUAAACUCCCCAAAACCUCGCAUAGUUCUCCCGGCGACCGAUCCGUUCGACCCAGUCUGGGUUUUGCAAACCCUAAUCGCACACGCAGAGUGAAAGAAGCUGAAUUCUCACUUUUCUGAUCAUGGUUUACAUUGAAUCUUGGGACGAUUUUGUGGAAAAGUCCGUCCAAUUGUUUCGAUCCGAUCCCGAAAAAACUCGUUAUGCCAUGAAAUACAGGCAUUGUGAUGGAAAAUUGGUGCUCAAAGUCACCGAUGAUAGAGAGUGUAUCAAAUUUAAGACAGACCAAGCACAGGAUGCAAAGAAGAUGGAGAAGUUCAAUAACAUCUUCUUUACUUUGAUGGCUCGGGGACCUGAUGCCGACAUAUCUGAAGGUGGUGGAAAAGAACAAGUUGAAGCACAGGCACCAAGGAGAGGAAGGGGAAGGAAGCAAUAGUAUUACUAUUCAUCAGCAUCUGCUCAACGUAAGAAACAUUUUGUGAGACAUGGUUUAAUUUAGUCAUAAUUUAUUUCAUCUGAGAUGGAAAGAAUUUUGGUUUAUUCCUAUUAUUGAAGAUAAUAGUGCGUGAAAUGGCUUUGGUAA